AUGUCGUCGACCUCACCUUCUAAGGAACCAGAACUUGACCCCGAGGUGCAAUCGGGUGAAGAACAAGAGCACAUGGACAAGGACCAACACGACGCGCAGGGGCAUCAUGGCGAGUUUGAGGUGAAGGAGCAGGAUCGGUGGCUUCCGAUUGCAAAUGUGGCUCGGAUCAUGAAAAUGGCCCUUCCUGAAAAUGCCAAGAUCGCGAAAGAGGCGAAAGAGUGCAUGCAAGAAUGCGUGAGCGAGUUUAUCUCGUUCAUCACCAGUGAAGCCUCGGAGAAAUGUCAACAGGAAAAGCGCAAAACCGUCAACGGCGAAGACAUUCUAUUUGCGAUGACGUCGCUCGGUUUUGAGAACUACGCUGAAGCACUCAAGAUUUACCUAUCCAAGUACCGCGAGGUAGGAACCCCCCCGUUCCUCCCAAUCCUCCCCACCUUCUCUUUCUCCGCACCCAAUCUGCCCGAGGUGAAAACCAGCGCCCCCCCGAGCGCUGGUUACGGUGCCGGAGGACCCGUGGGAGCCCCCGGUCCGGGACCUGCUCGCCCUACUGGCUUUUCUGACGCCGAGGGUGGAAAUCCCAUGCUUAACCCCAACCUGGACCCCUCCGAACAAGAUCCCGCCGCCUACGGCUAUCCUUCCAUGGUUGGACAGCCUCACAACGGUGCAGGUGCCGAGUCAUACUAA